AUCUAUUUUCAGAAAUAGGUACUUUUGAUUGCUGGCGUUUUCGCAUCAAAACCAGUGAUGAUUAUCUUUUAGCUAGAUAGCUUUUGUAAAUUGAUCGUUUAUUCUAGUGGAAAAAGUUGCAGAAAUAUAUUUGUGUUAUUUGUGAAUGUGCAAACAAUCGUAUUUACCUAGCGCCCAACAAUAAAAUGCGUCUUGAUUCACUGUCUGAAUCGAAACGGAUGGUGAGCGAUGGCGAGAAUACGGUGAUAGAUUUUUGGUGUUAAGAAUUUGCUCUGUGUCAUCGCCGUUUUAGUUUUCUAAUACACUAAAGAGGACUAUAUUUGUUUAAUUUUGACGUUUUUCGUGUUAAUAUUUCUAAUUAUUUAAAUAUUUCGACGAUUAUUGUGUGGAAAUUAAUAUUGUCAUCGACUGACCGGCUGAUAUUACACGAGGCUUGUAUGUAUAUGUGACUUCUGCCUUCUGGUAAUAGUGACACGCCUCAGAAAAUAAAUCUUAAUUUUAUGAAUGGACUUUUCAUAUUUUAUUAUUGUGGCGUCUUUGUGAUAAAGACGUUUUAAAAUUACGUAACUGUUGAGGAAUCUUAGUGUAUUAAAGAAUGGCCUGAGUGUGACCACUCCAUUACCAUCAUGUGUGACGAAGGAUUGUUUCUUUAGGCUCUAAUAUUUUGCUGCGACUUUAAACCGAGUGCGCAUUUGACUCCUGGAUUGGGCUGGAUCAUGAAUCUAUCCGAAACAAAACAAGUUUUGCAUUGAUCGUUCUCGACUUAUUGUCAUUUCGGACGCUUUUAUAUAAGAAAAAAAUGUCUUCGGGAACGUUUGUGGAUAGGAUUGAUCCUUUCGCUAAGCGGUCGAUGAAGAAAAAGACGAAGAAGUCGCAGGGGUCCUCGCGUUACCGUAAUACGCAGGACGUAGAGUUACAGACAUUGCCUUUUUUUAAAGAUGUACCCGUCAGUGAACAAGAGGAGCUUUUUAUUCGUAAACUGCGCCAGUGCUGUGUCGCUUUUGAUUUUAUGGACCCAGUGGCCGAUUUGAAGGGGAAAGAAAUUAAGCGUGCAACACUCAAUGAGCUUGUAGAGUACAUCCAUAGUGGCCGUGGUGUGCUCACUGAACCUGUCUAUCCGGAGAUGAUAAAAAUGAUAUCAGCGAACCUGUUUCGUACAUUGCCUCCAAGUGACAACCCUGACUAUGACCCAGAGGAGGACGACCCCACCCUGGAGGCGUCCUGGCCACACCUCCAGCUGGUAUAUGAGUUCUUCCUCCGUGCGCUGGAGUCAGCUGACUUCCAGCCGACCAUCGGCAAGAAGGUCAUCGAUCAGAAAUUUGUUUUGCAGUUGUUAGAGCUGUUCGACUCCGAGGAUCCACGCGAGCGUGACUUCCUGAAGACCGUUCUCCAUCGCAUCUACGGCAAGUUUCUGGGGCUGCGUGCCUUUAUCAGGAAGCAGAUCAAUAACAUCUUCCUUAGAUUCGUCUACGAGACGGAACACUUCAACGGCGUCGGUGAACUCCUAGAAAUAUUGGGAAGCAUAAUAAACGGUUUCGCGCUGCCGUUGAAGAGCGAACACAAGCAGUUCCUCGUGAAGGUGCUGUUGCCGUUGCACAAGGUGAAGUGCCUCACCCUGUACCACGCCCAGCUCGCGUACUGCGUGGUGCAGUUCCUGGAGAAGGACGCCACUCUCACGGAGCCGGUUGUACGAGGUCUGCUCAAGUUCUGGCCGAAGACUUGCUCGCAGAAAGAGGUGAUGUUCCUCGGCGAGAUCGAGGAGAUAUUGGAUGUUAUUGAACCGGCACAAUUUGCUAAAAUACAAGAUCUGUUAUUUAGACAAAUUGCUAAAUGUGUGUCCAGUCCACACUUCCAGGUCGCGGAGCGGGCGCUAUACAUGUGGAACAACGAAUACAUACUGUCACUGGUCGAGGAGAACAAUCAAGUCAUAAUGCCGAUAAUGUUCCCAGCUCUUUAUAGAAUGAGCAAGGAGCAUUGGAAUCAGACCAUAGUCACGCUCGUCUACAACGUGCUGAAGACGUUCAUGGAGAUGAAUUCUAAGCUGUUCGACGAACUCACCGCCAGCUACAAGGCGGAAAGGCAAAAAGAGAAGAAACGCGAGAAGGAACGCGACGAGCUGUGGAAGCGGCUCGGGGAGAUCGAAAUAAGCCAGAAAAGGCAGCAGGCGGCCAAGUGAUGACCCUGAGCGACCGCCCUCCACCCGCUAGAUAAUGCAUACCAUUUUAUUUUCACUUAUGUAUUCAUAUUUUGUAUUCGAUUACAUUUUUGUUAAUGACGUUAUUAAUUUUUUAUACCUCUUAAUGAACGGUACGUUCGGCGCCCUCGCCCCCGCCACACCAGCCGCCCCGAGCGCCCCGAGCGCGCCCCGAAUGCACUAACAUUUAUUGUAAUAGUAUUUUAUAUUCGUUUACGUAGGAUACUAGAUUACUUUAGGAUUUUUAAUAUUGUUAAAUUGUUUAAUAAGUUAAAAGUUGUAUGUAUUAUUGAUGCAUGAUCGAUUGUAUUGCAUUUCGGAUCACCGAUGAUUGUAUUGAUCGGGCACCCAGCUUACGGCUGAAAAAUGAUUGUACAAAAAAACUAAUAGGAAAAUUCGAAUAUGUAAUAUGUUUAGUAUGCGGGUCCCGGCGCGGAGGGCCAGCCGUGCGCGGCCGGACGCUCGCCCCACACGCGCGGCCCACUCUCGCGAGCGGCGCGGUCGUCUGCCGGGACCCGCGCGUAGUAUGUUCUAUGAAAAUUUGUUUUACUAGUUGCUGGAUACAAAAAUGUAAUUUUGUCGUACUAUCAUUUUGUAUAGAUACAUAGUGUAAAUAGGCAUUUAUUUAUUAUAAAUUUAUAGCAGUGUGAUUUUUAUACAUAGCUGCGGGAGUGGGACACGAUAAUCGAUCGGACAUCGAUCUGAGGACACUGGAAACAAACAUGUAUCACGCAUACGGCUCGGUAAAUACUAAAGAGGUCACUGGAUUACAUUGGAGUAGAACAAUGCUAUAGAAUAAUGCUAUAUUAUAUAAUAAUUUGUAAGGGAAUAGUCAUUAAUUUGUAUGAUAUUGCUAUAGCCAUUAAUUUUUCUAUCAUCACUAGUAGAGCGGUCCGCGCCUCUUUAUAUAGUAUGUACGAUACGUGUAACGCGUACGAGUGUAUGUACACUGGAGGUGUCUGUUGUGUAAAAUGUAUUAACGUGCAAAAAUUAUAUGAUCUUAUAUAUAAAUUACUAUUAUAGUACACAGUAUGAAAAUAAAAAAUUGACUCACAUGAAAUGGAUUGUUUAAGUAUGUGUAAACGUAGGCGCGGCGGCCCCCUAGUGUACGUGAGAGCGGUCGCUCGCGUGCACCCAGUCGGCUCGCACCGAACGAGGCCGAGUGUAACCGAGUCCGGCCGAGCCGAGCCGAGCAAGGCCGAGUGUAGCCGAGCCAGGCCGAGUGUAGCCGAGCCGAGCCGAGCCGUAGUGCCGUCCGCCGAGCCGUUCCGCUGCUGCUGUCCCCUCUCACGUCCUUAUAUUUCUCGGUCUCGCUGAAUGCAUAACAAAUACACGAGUCAUUUUCACUUUUAUUAGUUUUUCAUUUGUGCUAGAACACAUUCGAAUAUCUGAUUAUAUAUUAUAUAUUACUUUUAUCGGAGAUUUAUUGUUAUGAGUAUCGAUUGUUUAGGUUAAACAUAAACAAUAAUUGUGUUGUAAAAUAUGUGUACUUGGGUAAAAUAAUAAAAAAAAAAACACAAAUAUAAGAAAAAUUUUGAUAAUUCUUGUACCACAAAUCUGUAAAAAAAAAAAUAAAACUAAUUCGUAACCAUUAGCGCUGAGCUUAAUUGGGCUUACUUUUCACUUAUUUCUUGCUUGUACGUCCAUACUAUCCGUGUUACGGUGUGGACGUGGAACGAUUCGACCCGUACUACGAGAGUGACUGGUGAUUUCACGAAAUAUCUUAUUUCUAAAAAAGUGUUUGCUGUUGUUUGAUUUAUUUUUUUAAUUUUCUUAUGAAAAGACUGCACAUCGCUUAUACCUAAAGUGUAACUCGCCAUCCUCAGCCGGGAUCCUGUUGACUGGAAACGCUUGUAGAGUUAUAAUAUUAAACAAAUAUAAAGAAUUAAAUGUAAAACGAUAGACAUUUAAGAUUUUUGUGCAGUUUUGUUAAUCUUUUGUUUAAAUAAAUGUAACUUGACAGCAGCA